CAUAGAAAAUAGGUGCAGGAGUAGAGGCCAUUCGGCCCUUCGAGCCUGCACCACCAUUCAAUAUGAUCAUGGCUGAUCAUCCAACUCAGUAUCCCAUCCCUGCCUUCUCUCCAUACCCCCUGAUCCCUUUAGCCACAAGGGCCACAUCUAACUCCCUCUUAAAUAUAGCCAACGAACUGUGUGGCCUCAACUACCUUCUGUGGCAGAGAGUUCCACAGAUUCACCACUCUCUGUGUGUGAAAAAUGUUUUUCUCAUCUCGGUCCUAAAAGAUUUCCCCCUUAUCCUUAAACUGUGUGUGUGGCCCCUUGUUCUGGACUUCCCCAACAUCGGGAACAAUCUUCCUGCAUCUAGCCUGUCCAACCCCUUAAGAAUUUUGUAAGUUUCUAUAAGAUCCCCCCUCAAUCUUCUAAAUUCUAGCGAGUACAAGCCGAGUCUAUCCAGUCUUUCUUCAUAUGAAAGUCCUGACAUCCCAGGAAUCAGUCUGGUGAACCUUCUCUGUACUCCCUCUAUGGCAAUAAUGUCUUUUCUCAGAUUAGGAGACCAAAACUGUACGCAAUACUCCAGGUGUGGUCUCACCAAGACCCUGUACAACUGCAGUAGAACCUCCCUGCUCCUAGACUCAAAUCCUCUAUGGCAAGAAUGUCUUUCCUCAGAUUAGGAGACCAAAACUGUUUCUAUAAGAUCUUCUAAAUUCUAGUGACGUUUGGUGUUGAUCCUGAAGAAGGGUCCUGACCCGAAGCUUCACCCAUCCCUUCUCUCCAGAGAUGCUGCCUGUGCCGCUGAGUUACUCCAGCUUUCUGUGCCUAUAUAUAAUGCAAUUUAAAGACCUACGGUGAUAAUGAACUGGAUUUAUUCCUUUCAGGUGAAGACUUGGUUCCAAAAUCGACGCAUGAAGGUCAAGCGGAUCGUGAAGGACCCGACCGACAGCACAGUGGUCAGCUACCUGCGGCCGGACUCAACUCAGGGUAACCAUUUGGCCUUCAGGAAUCUGUCAGAAUAUAUGCAGCAUCAGUUCCACCCGCUGCCCAAACACUGCCCAUCAGCUGCCCAGGCCUGGCCGUGUCCCGAGUCCAUGUGUCCAGCCAUGGGCAGCCUGCAGUCCACCCUCAUCAAGAGCGCCCUGCAAUACACCAACCGAUCGGUCAAGUUCUCUAUCGCCCUGUCCUCCCAGCCCGAGCCUGAGCUGGGGCCACAGUCAGUGACGUCCAGCAGCCCAGACCAGCAGUUCCUCAGGCCACGAGCCUUUCCCCAGUCUGGACAUCUCCAUCCUGGAGCCUCUGGUACUGGGCUCUACCAUGGAGCUCCCCAGCCUGGUCUCCACCACGGAGCUGGGCUCCUCCACCAUGGAAGUCUCCAGUCUGGGCAUCUCCACCCUCGAGCGUCAGGCAAUGGGCUCCAGCACAGAGCCCCAGGCACUGGGCUCCAGCACGGAGCUGGGCUCCAGCACAGAGCCCCAGGCACUGGGCCCCACUACGGAGCUGGGCUCCACCACGAAGCUUCCCAGUUUGGGUAUCUCCACACUGGAGCUUCCGGGAACGGGCUCCACCCUGGAGCCACUGUGACAGGGCACCUCCACCCUGGGCCCCAGCCUGAGGCUCAGAGCAGCGUACUCCUGAGGUACCAGGCAGCUGGGGGUCAGUGUGAGGGGAGGGGUUUCUCCUAGAGAGGGCCGGAGAGAGCGACACAUUCUGUAGUUGAGCAAUGAUUGCACCACCCCCCCCAAUAUGAUUCCGUCACAGAGUGAUACAGUGUGGAAACAGGCCCUUCAGCCCAACUUGCCCACACUAGUCCCACCUGCCUGCGCUUGGUCCAUAUCCCUCCAAACCUGUCCCAUCCACGUACCUGUCUAACUGUUUCUUAAACGUUGGGAUAGUCCCAGCCUCAACUACCUCCUCUGGCAGCUCGUUCCAUACACCCACCACCCUCUGUGUGGAAAAGUUACCCCUCAGAUUCCUAUUAAAUCUUCUCCCCUUCCCCUUAAACCCAUGUCCUCUGGUCCUCGAUUCCCCUACUCUGGGCAAGAGACUCUGCCCGAUCUAUUCCUCUCAUGAUUUUAUACACCUCUAUAAGAUCUCCCCUCAUCCUCCUGCGCUCCAAGGAAUAGAGACCCAGCCUACCUCAACCUCUCCCUGUAGCUCACACCAUCUAGUCAAUAGACAAUAGGUGCAGGAGUAGAGGCCAUUCGGCCCUUCGAGCCUGCACCGCCAUUCAAUGUGAUCAUGGCUGAUUAUCCCCGUUCCUGCUUUCACUCCAUAACCCUUAACUCCGCUAUCCCAAGAGAUCUAGCUCUCUCUUGAAAGUAUCCAGAGAACCGGCCUCCACCGCCCUCUGAGGCAGAGGAUUCCACAGACUCACAACUCUCUGUGUACAUGUCCUUGCAACUCUAGUUCUCAACGCCAUUUGUAGGAAAGUCAAGUCAAGUCAAGUUUAUUUGUCACAUACACAUACGAGAUGUGCAGUGAAAUGAAAGUGGCAAUGCUCGUGGACUUUUGUGCAAAAGACAAACAACAAAACAACCAAACAAAUUAUAAACACAAUCAUAACACACAUAUUCUUUUACAUAAUAAAUAAUGGAAGGAAAAACGUUCAGUAGAGUUAGUCCCUGGUGAGAUAGGCGUUUACAGUCCGAAUUGCCUCUGGGAAGAAACUCCUUCCAGAAACCAGAACAUCUUCUGUCAAGAAGCUGAUCUGUGGAGAGCGUGGAUGAAGAGAGAUCCUGGUCCCAUUGCUGCAGGCCAGGCAGUGGAGAAUGUUCCCCUCGCACCGGAGAAUAUGCUCCUCGGAGGAAGGCAACAACUGGAUUGCUGGGAUGUGGAUGUGUCUCAUACAGCUGCCUGCGCUCAAAGUAGUCGCUGAUUUUGUACAUCACUUGCUGAUAACGUCAAUAAACCUGCGGGCUUUUCAAGAGUCGACUGUG